AUGGACCACAUACUCGCGUCAAGAAGUGUUCUUGCGCACUCCAAGACCCCCUGGAUCUUCGCCUUCAUUACUACCGGGCUGCUUGUCGCCAUCUGGGGCGGCAUCUUCAUCGCGUGGGUGUUCAAGCGUGCAAACACAGCACACAGGCGGCGCCACGGUAAGCCGCCGCGUGCCAGCAAGAAGCCAGUCGAGCCGACUCCGGAACCCUCAUACGUCGUACCGCCCGACCCCGCCCUCAUGGCCUCUUCCGGGGGGGAGGAGAAGGCGCGGGCGAUUUACGCGAAGGAGAGGCAUAGGCACCAUAGGGAGAAGGGUAAAGGCCAGAUCACGGCGGAUACUUCUACCGAUGCCCUUACGACCGUGACCGACACCGAGACGCUAGGGACGACACCGAACACCCCCCAACCUCCUCCUUUGAACACGUCUUCUCGCCUGGGGGACAGUACGUGA